UAAGCUGUUGCAGACGUUGGAGCGAGCGUGAAGCUAAUGUAGCGUGACGGGCGACGACGGUUUGAAUUGUUUGUAGAAACAUCCAAUUAGAGCGCGAACUUGGGUUUGGGCUGCUUUCGUCGGUGGGGUUGUCCUUGCGACCGACGACGACGUCUUCGUUGAACGUCAUAAACCACGUGCUGCAGUUAAGCUGAGAAUUGCGAGCAACGCUUACUGCGUUUUAUUUUUGUCGGCCAAAUGAUUUUUUAAGAACAACAAUUAGACUUCUAUGCAGCGAAGAUGACAAAUAGCAAGGUAGCCUACCAGCGGUUAAAUAUUCAGCGACUGCCCGAAAGGCCCUUCAUUCUGAAACUAGUCGUACCCAUGGUCAUUGUUUUCUUCAUAAUAUUUUGCUUCAUCGGAUUUCUCAUUCCACAACCCGGCAGCACCGUCAAUCGGUACGACCAAAACUGGAGCAGUGAAUCGUUCAUCAACGAUUCCGAACUUCUAGAUGCGUUAAAAUCUCUUCUCCACUGCAAAUCGACAGGGGCCGAGUACCGGAUAGAGACGCGAGGGAACUUUUACGUCCUGAAAAACUUCAUCACCCCCAAACGGAAACGCCAGCUGGAGUGCUACGAAAGCAUCACCUACACCACCCACGGGGACUAUCGGUUUUUGGAUAACAUAAUUCCUCUGCUGGAACGAUGGCAGGCCCCGCUGAGUGUGGCUGUGUAUGCACCGGGUGAGGAGCUUGACGUUGCGGUUGAAGCGCUACGGUAUCUGAUGUACUGCGAACGACAGUCCUAUCUGGUGGAGGAGUACGCAUCGGUGCAUUUGUACUUUGACUUCGAACGGAUUCCACCGAAGCCGAUCGAGUUCUACCGGGACCUGAUUCAAAGACCCGCCAAAUGUCCCACGAACCAUUCUUUCCCCAUGGCAACGGUUGAUAGCCCUUCCAACCACACCUACCCGGUCAACGUUGGGCGCAACAUCGCACGGGACGCCGCGCAAACUCACUUCGUUCUGGCAAGCGACAUCGAACUCUACCCGAAUCCGGGAUUCAUCGAAAUGUUCCUGCAAAUGAUCGUCCAUCCGGCGUAUCGUCAUACCUUGGACGUGCCCAGCGUCUACGUGCUACCGGUGUUUGAAGUGUCCGGUUCGUCAUCCGUUCCGGAGGACAAAAUCGAACUGCUGCAGAUGCUGAAAAGAGGCGAUGCCAUCAAAUUUCACGAGAAUAUUUGCCCUCAGUGCCAUACCGUUCCCAACUACGAUGAGUGGUUGGCAAUCGCCAAAACGGAGCAAUCGAUGGACAUCCUAUCGACGGCCAAGCGGGAGGGGAGAUUUGACCUGUGGGAACCAAUUUACGUGGGAACCAAAAUGGAGCCACAGUACCAGGAGCGACUGAAUUGGGAGGGUAAAUUCGAUAAAAUGACGCAGGGUUACAUCAUGUGCGUGCUGGGGUACAGUUUUCACGUUCUUGAUAACGGAUUUCUGGUUCAUAGGCCAGGAUUCAAAAACCUAACUGAAGCUGCCCGACCAGAUCUGGAACGGACGCAGAGGAAUUUCGUCGAGGACGUGAUUUUCGAAGAACUGAAAGUUUUAUACGGAGAGGACAAACACUGCAGACUGUGAGCUCGAAUAUAGUUACAUUUUUACAUAAA